CUCAGGUAUUUUCCGGACACACGUCAUAUGACUGAACCGCGUGAUUUGAUUGGUCAGUUUCUACUCCGUGUUUAUUUCCGGAAGUAAGUUGUUGUCAGUGUCAGACUUUCCACAAGGAUUAUAAAAUCUCACAUUUACAGCGCCAGAACGUCAGGUGUGUCCUCAUCCACAGGAUGGCUCAUUGGUUUCACAGAAACCCGCUGAAGGCAACAGCGCCGGUGUCCUUUAACUUUUAUGGAGUGGCAGGGAGCCCCGCUGCCAAUAAGAUAUGCAAUGACCUGAGGACUAACAGGGCGAGACUGCUGGAGAUGUUCACUGAUGUCACCUGCAACCCUGAGAUCAUGAAAAAUGCCACAGAUGCAUACUUCUCCCUCCUCCAAGGCUUUAUUUCAUCCUUGGAUGGGACUACACAGGAGAACAAGAUGAGAUUCAUCCAGAACUUCAAGUGGACUGACACCUUACAAGGAAACACACCAAGUGCCCAGCAGGAUGCAGUGUUUGAAAUGGUCUCCAUGGCCUUCAAUGUAGCCCUCUGGUACACCAAGUUUGCCUCGAGACUAGCAGGGAAAGAAAACGUAACGGAGGCUGAAGCGAAAGAUGUUCACCGGAGCCUGAAAGUUGCUGCGGGUAUAUUCAAAACCCUCAAGGAGGUCCACAUCCCUCGUCUCAUCACGCCGGCCGAAAAGGGCCGAGACCUGGAGCCCAGAGCGAUCGAUGCAUAUAUCAUCCAGUGCCAGGCUGAGGCGCAGGAAGUGACAAUUGCCCGAGCGAUUGAACUGAAGCACAACGCCACACUCAUCGCAGCGUUGGCAUUCGAGACGGCAAACUUUUAUCAAAAAGCUGUCAGACUUCUCUGUUUAGGUUACUCCCGUGCCGAGGCGCUGUGUAAAGAGUACCGUCAGACCAAAGGCCCGGGCACCACAGCCAAACCAUCAGAGCAGCUGUUCUUCCUCAAACUGGGCGGCGUCAUUAAAAACACACUGGAGAAGUGCCAAAGAGAAAAUGGCUUCAUAUACUUCCACAAGGUCCCAGUUGAGGCCCCCCAGCUGGAGUUGAAGGCGAGUUACGGCCUGGCUGAGCCAAUCCCCUUCGAGCUGACGCCUCUCAGUGAGCAGUGCACUUCUGAAGUUUACGCCACCUUUGACCUGACCAAGGGAGCCAAAAAUGAGAAGGCAAAACCCAAGGAGGAGGAGGUGAAGCCAGUGAAGGAGCCAGAUCUGAAGCCUCAGAAGGACACGGGCUGCGUCCUCUCAUAAACCUUCCACACUUUCUACUUUCAGCCUGAUGCUUUUAUACCAUCUAUUGUAAUGAUGGCAUCCAUGAUUCUCUUUCAUGUAAACCUCCAUAGGAAGAAUUUAUUUUUUUGUUCUAUUAAUCCAUGGUAUUUUACAUUUAUGCUGAAACAUGUGUAUUGUAUUUUGGGUAUGACAGCCAUUAUCCUUGCACCUAAGCCAGAGCCAGUCCUCACAGCUACUCAUGAAGUAAACCUAAAACAUUUAAAAAGAUAGAACGAUAUUUCAAUGUAUUUUUAGUUGUUAAAUGUUAGAUGAAAUGGAAGCUUCGAAUUAGGUCUUUACAUGAGCUCUUUCCAAGGAUGAUAAAUAAGCCUUAUUGGUGAAGUAGUCUUAUUAACGGUGCCUUUGGCCGUGUGGCGACGUAAACUGCUCACUGUGGCCUCAGAACUGUGGUUUUGAACCUUUUUGGCACUGGAGUGAUCUGGCCUGAUUAUAAUAGAAACUGGUCUAUAACACAUGCUGAGAAAUGGCCUUAGGUUCAGGAAAUGGAUCUAAACAAAAGAUGCAGUAGUAGCAUCUGAAGAAUAAAACAAAAAGACAGACAGAUUUUUCAUAUUUAAUAUUUUCCACUACAUAGAAUAUGGUGCAGCCAAGCAGAAUGAGUGAAUAUAGGAAAUGGCAUUCCCACAAUCAGCCUGUAUGAUUUUCUUGCAUUUCAUAGCGGAGAUUUGAUCAGAACUUCCUCAUAAAAACACACUUAUGAUAAUUAACAGAAUUGAAUCGUGGACAGACCAAAGAACAAGACUAGAUGUGUCAUUGCUGGUGCAUUUGGUUUGUUUUAGCUGAAGCAGUUUACAGUCGAUACUUUAUUUAGAUCACAUGACGUAUGUACUGUAGCUCUUUUUGUACAGGAAAGCUGUUUAUUUUUUGUUUUUUUUACUUCAACUAUUCAUUUAAGAAAACGUUAUUACUGACUGAUUCUUUAACAUGCUUAGGGAUUCUGUGAUGUAUCCUGAUAAUAGUAGUUCUUAAUUUAUUUCCAUUGUUAUGUAAUGAUAUUUUAGCUGUACACACUUAUGACAGUAUACAAUUCUAUGUAGCUCAAGUCAUAAGUUUUGGUGAUGUUGAUUUUCAUCUGUAUGUUUCAGUGGAUGCACCAGACUAUCCACUGAUGCAUACAGUGACAUGCUGACUCUUGUAAACUUUUCAGUUGCUGAGAGAACGCUGUUGUCAAUAGUUGACACAAUGUAUGGUACCGUACAUCUAUUGAGUGUUAUCCCCUUCCUUAAAGACAAUGAUCGGAGCGUUAGCAAGAUCACAUCUGGGGCUGGGGGGGCCGUGAACAUUCGUGUCUAAAGUUAUUUUAUGUGCCGCUGAAGAGCAGCUCCAACUUGUCGAAACUCCCCCCAAGGUUAAAGCAUAACUAUCUAUCGCUGGAAACGUGUAUAAACUGUAAUAUAUUGCUCACAUGUAAUCAUUUAUGCCCCCUACUUGUAUAUUGGCUUACCUGAGCUAGACUCCACAACUGUAGUGAAAAGCAGACGAGCUGUCUCUCUAAAUUUCCACAUAGCGCACUGCAACACCUUUGCACUUUAUAUUCAGCUGUGCAGGGAUUUCAGUGGGGACCUGAUGGAGUUGUAAUGGCCAAAGAAGGUAACCAUUGUUCAUUAUACCCGGAGCAGAAAUCAGACCAAUGAUGGUGUUUUAUUCUUUUAAAGGCAACUGUUUAUUCAAAGGGUGUGUCGGAUUCCCAUUACAAUGUACACUCCUGUAGCCCAUUAUGCCUCCUCUAAUGGAGUCCUUCAUGUAAAAUGUAUUUCUAAUGGUAUUACAUCACCCGUAAGCCUCCAAUCUUCCACGUCUUGUGCUUAUACUGUAUAUGUCGACAUGAUUUAAGCAUCAUCCUAGCUAUUAAAGGAAUACUUCACCCGCAAAA